GUACUUCUCUUCUAGAAAGUUUACCUCCAGAUAAUGAAGACAACACACCACCAAACAGCAUCCGAAGUUUUUUCCCAGAAUCUUGGAUGUUUGAGGAACACACUAUACCCAGGACUGGCAAACUGGAGCGCAGUGUCCGUCUACCUGACAGCAUCACCACCUGGAGCCUCUUGGCUGUGGGCGUCUCUCCCACCAGGGGAGUCUGUGUCUCAUCUCCUCUGGAACACAAAGUCCAGAAACUUUUCUUUGCUGAUGUCAGACUCCCUUACAAGGCCACCCGAUUAGAAGAAGUCAAAGUCAAAAUAGCAGUCUACAACUUUAAAACUUAUGCCAUUAAGGUCAGAGUUGUUGUCUCCAGCAAAAGUGGUUUGUGUUUUUCUGCCAACUCCGCCAGGGGAACUAACCAGAACAGCACAAGUUUUGACUUGGAAAUUGGAGCUAUUGGGACAACUAGCCGAACAGUUAAAGUGAUACCACUCAAAAAUGGGGAGCUCACUUUGAGAGUAGAUUUGGCUAAUGAGCACGAACGAGAUAUUGUGGAGAGAACUCUCUAUGUUGUUGCUGAAGGUCAAAGGGUCCGAAAGUCUAUCACAUUUGUCUUAGAUCCUGAAGCAAAGCAUGUCACUUUUAAAGGAAUGCAACAAAAUCAAAUCAGCUUCAACAAUACAUCCACAAUCAGCAACGUGUUUGAUAAAAUGAAGAAAUAUCAGCACACAACUAUAGACUUGGCGCUGCCCCAAGAGGUCAUCAGAGGAACUGAGUUUUGUCGCAUCGCAGCUUUUGGUGACUUAAUGGGAGACAUAAUCACCCAUGCUGUGGUGCGCUCCAAGAGUUUGAUGGACAUACCAGUUCUGAGUGCUGAGGAGGUCCUGGGGGACAUGGGUCCCACUGUCCAUGCUCUGCUCUACGCCAAUCUAACAGGACUCAUGGACGAUGACUUGAGGGAGAGGGGACACCGCUUUGUGAGACAAGGGAUUACAAGACUUCUCAAGUACAAGCAAGAAGAAUAUUUUCAUCUAACCUUGACCUCUCAACCAGCAACUUGGCUGACUGCUGCAGUGGUAAAAACUCUUUGUUAUGCAACAGCCUUGGCCUAUGUUGACAAACAACAUUUGAUAGAUGAAGGCUUGAACUGGCUGUCACAACAACUCCAGAGUGAUGGUACCUUAAAGGAACAGGACUGGAGGCUGUCUCAGAACUCUUUUGAAUAUGAGGUGAUGUUGUCUGCUGAAGUUUUCAUUGCUCUACAUGACUGUGGGAGAUCAGAUGAGUAUUCUGAUCUGAAUGCCAAACUGGCCAGCUACCUAGAAAGUUGUGUAGAUCUGAUCCAGCAGCCGAUGGUGCUGGCCAAAGUGAGCUAUGCCCUCCACAUCUCUGGCCAUGAGAAGACAAAACCAGCUGUGCUCAAACUCUUCAACAUCAAACGCACUGAUAAGCAAAGAGGUCAUAUCUACUGGGCAGACAGCGUGGAGGGGGCCGAGUCCACCAGCCCAUUCUGGUACCAUCCUGGUGUUAGGGCGUCCUCUGUGGAGGCUACAGCAUAUGCUCUCUUGGUAUUUCUAGAGGAAAGUCUGCUCAAUGUUGAUGCCAUUGCUGAUUGGCUGAUCAGUCAAAGAAAUCAAAAUGGUGCUUUUAUAGGAGCUAUGGACAGUACAGUGGCCAUCCAAGCUUUGACCAAGUACAGUUUAAAGAGAGACACACUGACCAUUGAUCUCAACUGCAACAUUUCAUCAGAAAAAACAAAGAAAGGUUUUGAACAUUUUUUCAAAUUUACAGAGGAGAAUGCAAUACGCCCAGCCUCUUUAACUAAUGUUCCAGUUGGACGUCGACUAGAUGUGCGUACUAUGGGUCAAGGCCUUGGACAAAUGCAAGUCAAUGUGGAGUACAACAUCCCAAUAGAAAAAAACAAAAACUGCAACUUGAAUGUGUCAAUAGAGACCAAACCAACAACCAUUGGCUGGGGAUUUGACCAGAACAAUCCCCUGUGCUCUAGCUGUGAGAUUGGCUGCCCAGAGAAAAGAAAGAAACGUCAGCUGACCAGCCACUCCUGGUCUGGACCCAGUGCACGCAUCAAGAUGACAAGAAGAAGAGCAUUUGCUUAUCAAAACAAACAGAUGCAAGAUGCUAAAAUUAUCAAUGAAAGACAAAACCGUGCUGCACAUAAUUUUGUUGCCAGCAAAAAAUCUUAUUGCAUUCAUGUUUGUCUCAGGCAUCUUGCUCAAGCUGAUAGUGGCCAUUUAAAUGUUGAAGUUGAAAUGUUGACAGGUUUUAAACCAGUAAACUCCGACCUAAACAGUAUCCAGUCAGUUGCUGGUGUUCUAAGCGUACAGUACUUGACAAGUAGAGAAAGUAUUUUUGUCCAGUUCUCCAAGAUAUCAAACAAAGUUCCAACAUGUUUUGGUUUUCGUGUAGUCGAUGAGGAGGAAGCUGAACGUCAGAUUCCAGCCACAGUUCAUAUCACUGAGGCAGGGAGGCAAGAGCCAUCAUGCAGUCUGGAGUACAUGCCACCAGCCAGCCAGGAAAGCCUAAAAGUUUUUUGUGCUGAUUUUUCUAACACCAACAGAGGAGAAUGUAAAUGUUAUUCAGGGAUGUGUAGCACCUGUAAGCCUAGUGCUAUUGAUGAGAUCAGCUUACAUGAUGCCAAGCAACUAGUCUGUGAAUCUCCCAUUGUCUAUCAGGUCAAGUUUGUUGAUGUUGCUGAUCAACUUCAGUGGGCUGAGAUCAAAGCGCAAGUUAUAUCCCUCAAUAAAACAGGUACACAUAGACUGUUCCCAGGGGAAGUAAUCACGCUGAUUACACCAAGUUCUUGUUCCUGCCCCCUCUACAUGUUCAAGAAUGAAAGCAUCUACAUGCUGUCUGAUGAUGUAGAGAAGUUGGUGGACCGGACAGGACAGGAAAUAUAUCGGUAUCUGCUGGAUGAAAAUGCUUUGUUCUUAAGAGUAGCUUCCCCUAACGAUUUAUCCAAUACACUCAAGCCAGCAUUACCAUUUUUCUACUUGCAAGAUGCUUUCAAGGCUUUUAAUAAUUGCCCAGCAUAAAAGUAUAACUUGAAACAUACCUGUACAACUUAUUAAAUAUAAACACUAUGGAAACAUACAACUAUAUUGUUGUUAAACGGCGACUGUAAAAAUAAAUGAAAGAAGAGGAUGCUAGUAAUUUGGAAGCGUAUCAACAACGUAACUGAAAGGUCAAAAUGCCAAAUGGAAACUAACAAUUUUGCAUGUGAAAAGUUGUUUUAUUAAUUAUUAUUACAUGAACUGAUAUUGAUAUUAAUGUUGAAUGUACAGGAUUUUAUUUUCAAAUAUAUGGAGCAUUAAACAUAUAAUAUGCUGA